AUUUUGCAUCUCAACCUUAACGCCUGCUCGCUGCAGUCUGCUCUGUCUUGCUCGCUCUCAUGCUGCCGUAAAGUGCUUCCUUUAUCUCCGUCUCAUAGGGAUAAGAAACCAAUGGCUGGAGGUCCUUUGUAAAGUCACUAAGCCAAGGUUGCCCCUAUGUCUCCAGGUCUUGUCACCGCGGAGUCUUACAACCACAUCCUUACUCCUCUCUGCUCUGCGAUAGGGCUGUUCCUGCUGCUCUGCAGCCUCUGCACGCUCUGCAAGAAGAGGAAGAAGAGGAGGAUGAGGACUGUAUGUUCCGGUGGAGUUGCCCUUGUUGACGUGACAUUGCUCCGUCAGACUCAACUACGAUCACUCAGCAAGUCUGACACCAAACUGCAUGAAAUCAAGAGGCCCCGACCAGUAGACCCUCAAUUGAGGCCAGUCAGCAUGGAUCCGCUCUACCACUCCCCACAGUGGCCGAUUCCCAAUGCCCCAUCUACUGAAGAUGCCACCUACUCGAAUUUAAACUACAAUCCUAAGAACUCCCUGUAUGAAUGUGUGGGGCUCCAGGCAGAAAAAGAACCUUCAUUGAGUGAGUCUAAAGUCAACGUGGUCACUGCUGAAUACGCCUGUGUGCGGAAGGUGAAAAAAGUGUCAAACCAGAAAGCCACAGACCCAAUGGAAGAGGAGAAAAUCCAACCACCAGCAUCGUCUCAUGAACCCUGCCUACCCAACCGACCAGAUGACCUGACCCUCGAAAGCAUGUACUCCAAAGUGCAGAAGAAAAAGAGGCCACCGGGAACAGAAAGCACUGAAGGGUUAAUACAGACGUGCAGCCAAGAUGGUGGUCAAUCCGAGCAUCCAAUCUGUCAUCCUGAAGAAAACCUGUAUGAGAGUAUAAGCGAGAUGAGCAGCCAUCACACUAACUGCAGCACUGCUUUUGACUGCUACGCUUAAAGGGGCUCUUUUGGCCUUAUUUAUCAAAACUGUCUUUGUUGCCCAUAGCAACCAAUUAGAGCUUGGGUUUCAUUUUACUAGAGCAGUGUGCGAAAUUUUAGCUAAGCUCUGGUUACUAUGGGCAAUAAUAAAUAAGAACUAUUUGGUGGGAAUAAUUCAAAUUUAAAACAAGAUAAGCUGCCUCUGUUGCCCAUAGCAACCUAUCACAGUGCAGCUUUCAUUUCAUACUAUGAUCUUGAAAAUUUAAAGGGUACGUUUCAUCAAAAAAACUUUUGAUAUAUUAUAGAUUGAUGUAUGCAGA